UCUGCAUUUGUUCUUCUUUCUUUAAGAUUCUAUUUUUUCCUUUUUUUUUCUUUUUCAAUGCAAAAUGGCUGAAUCAAUACCACUCUCACCUUCACAUAUUAGUCCUCCACAAAGACCGAAUAAAAGUCAGUUGAGAGCUAUUAUAGAACAACCUACUGGUAGCUAUUCUUCAAGUGGCAGUAGUUCAGUAAAUGUAUCUCCAUCAAAUGAAGAUGAAUACUCUAACAAAAUACCACGAUAUACAAGCCGUUUUACAGAACAUUUUGAUUCAUUAGAACAUCAAAUAUUAUCUCUCAGUAAUGAUAAUACUGCCAUAUGUAUGAAUACAGAAUUUGUAGAAAGUCCAGUUACGGUAAAGCGAAAGCCUUUAAAACCAUCUUUAUCUACACCACUUAUAACUCAUUCUGGAACGAUAAAAAAGACCAAUGGAUCCAUCAAGUCACCUACGAAUAGCAACUCACCAACUAGUUUUAAUCGAGCCAAUUUUAUUAUUACACGUCUUGAAAAUUGGUUCCUCUUUCUCAAGGCACUCAUUAAAUGGAUAGAAGAGAUAUCUAAGGCUGCAAUAGUAAAUGCUCGAAAUUAUUCACAACGGGUAUAUCCGCAUCUUGACAUAUCCUGCUCAGCUCAGACAACCAUCUUAACCGGAAUCCAAACAAUGGUCAUGCAAAUAGCAGCUCAACAACAAGAAUUUAGUAAACAUCUCGAGCGUCAUUAUUUAUCUGAGCUUGUUAAACUGCGAAAGGAAGUUAAAGAGAUGAUUCAAAAGUUGAAAAAUGAUCAGAAUUUAUAUAUGGAUGAAUGGUUACGUCGUGCAGAAGUAACAAAAUAUAAAAUGCUACAUUUAGAUCGUUGUUGUAAGCAGUCAGAAAAAACAAAAGGACAAUUAGAGAUGGAUCCAUGGUUAGCUAAUUCAUUGGUACUUUGUCAACUAAAACGAGAAGUAGAUGAAGAAAAUCGCCUUCGACUAUUAAUGAUACCUAUUCAAAAAGAGGCUAAAUCAUUGGAGAAACGAUUAUACGAUGCUAUUAAACCAACAAUUGAAUAUUCCUAUAAAAUAUUAGCGCCUAAUUCAGAACCACCGUCCAUGAUGACACAAGAACAAGAAUGGAGUCAAUUCGUUGAAUCCCAUAUGAAUGAUUUUGUCAAUGAGCAUUAUCCGAAGAAAGAUUUUCUCAAGAUCAACUAUCCAAACAAGUUUCAUCCAUGUGUAAUGACAUUAUUGAAGGGAAAAUUAGAAAGAAAGAUCGGUGUACGAAAGCAAUUUACUGAAAAGUAUUACUUCCUUAGUCAAGGGGGAUAUCUUCAUCAAUAUAGUUUGGAUAAUAAACGUAUGCCUGAAAAGACACUCUUUAUACCAAGCACAACUAUUGUCCCUUCAAUUGACUUGAAUGAAAUAAGCAGUAAUAAUAUAAAUUCAGAUAAUGCAUUGUCUCAACAAAAUGCAACUAAUAAUUAUACAUUUGAGAUAUGUAAACCUGCUACUAAUGUAUUACAACGUGAUAAAAUAUCUGUUUUUCGAGCAUCGACAAAAUCAGAGUUGAUUACUUGGUGUCGUAUGUUGUUGAGUAUUGCAACAGGCACACAGAUAUCCUCUUCUCUAGAUGAUUAUCAUUCCACCAAUAACGACUUGUUUUUAUUACAUAAUCCAUCCUCCACAAGUGAUGAAGAAGCACAUACUACUGAUGUAGCUAAAGUUGACUUAUUAAAUGACAAAAGCAAGGAACCCACACUGCUAGAAGUUGAUGUUAGCAAAUCAUUAGUUGAUGCAAUAAUAAACAUGCCAACGGCCUUAUUGACUACAACUAGCUUCCAAUCUGUUGAGACAGAGGAAUCAUUUAAUGAACCAGCAGCCAUAAAUCAAUCCUCAACGCCUUCCGAUACGAAACAAGAAGAUGAUACUAACACGGAUACAGAAUCAUAUACUACUGCUUUAUUAGAUAAAGAUAACGACGAAGUCAUAGAUACUUACUUCCAAUCUGAUGAUGAUAUUAUGAGUAUUGACUCUACUUUGACGGCCAGAAGUCCACCUGAUACAGCAUGCAUACAAAAUAAUCCAGAACAACAGAACUUAAAUAUAGCAAUAGAAAAAUCACCUUCGCUAGCAGCAAGUUGUUUUGAUGAUGCUCAAUCAUCCCUCUACUUUUCAUCUACCUCAUCUCCUCCCUCCAUUGAUCAAUCAAAUAGAUCAUCCAUUAUAUCCGUUCCUGAAUUUAAUUUAAUUUCUGUAGCAACUACUAUAAAUAAGCGCACGUCAACAAAUAUUAAUUUUUAUAAAACGACUUUAAAUAUCAAUUUGGAAAAUGAAUAAUAAAAGGAAAUUUAGUAAAGACAUAUAUUACAAUACCAAUAUAUAUAUGUAUGUAUAUAUCUAAUGAAGAGUAUUUAUAUGUAUUUAUUUAAAAAACAUAUGACAUGAUUAUAACUGGAAAG